CUUCUCUGGCAUUUUGGUUCUUGGGUUAAGGGGGCGUGGUGGACGUGCACAUUCAUUGUCCAAUCAUACUCCGACUACGCUGGUUACAUGGUCGAGAAAAUCGAACUCCGAUCGCAUUAUCUGGGUGUCUUAAUCGGAGUUCUCAAACUCUGAUUACAGUCAGACUAAAGUGUUUACAUGCCCUCCAGUUGUCCAGUCUUAAUCGGAGUAAGGUAAUAAUUUGGUUUUCUCGAGUGUUAUGUAAACGUACUGAGUGAUGUUGGCCUUGUGGCAUGAUGUUUUGUUCAGGUCUGAAAAAGAUAUUGCAACUCAGCGAAAAACUUGUCAUGCACAAAUUUGUGCCAAUAUCGGAUCAAUAUUGGUAUCGGUCAAUAUUGAAGGCUACGAUAUCGAUAUCAUAUCGGAAGUCAUAAAGUUGUACUGGGACACCCCUAAUUAUAACGAGAAUGUGAUUUAAUGUAAUCCACAAUGACUUUACAAGUCCAAAAAUAAAUCCUAAUUCAAGAUAAAUCAGCCAAAGAGGCUUAAAUCUGGAGUUAAGACUUAUUUCUUUACUUCUCUGAUCAAUGUGGCUUAAAUAAUUUGUAGCAAGAUAAUUUGAUCAGAAAUCACUUGUAUCCACUCAGUUAGAUUUGAGUUUUUGCAGUGUAAGGAACUAUAAUCAGGUAAUUGAAGCCGAGGAUUGAUAGUAAAUGACUUGACCGAAGGCUUUCCGAGACUAUUAGUGUAAGUGUUUUGAAAAUUCUAUCUGUAUGUGAGUGUGUGUGUUUGGACAAGUAUAUCCUCGGGUGUGUGUAAGCAUAUGUUGUAAGCAGCUUCAGGAGCCAUUUCUGCAGCCUUAUCUGUCUGUGAGUGGAGUGCUGGCUGCUCCAGCUGCAGAGCCAGAGCCCACUGCCCACUGCUUAAGUGGAAGAAGACUAAUCCCUCUUCUCAGAGCCCACUGUCGUAAACACCACUUCUCAAAAGCCACCCAUGCACACCCAGCCUGUCCAGCGCAGCCGCGGCCCACCCGACACUCUGCCUGUGCAGCUUGGGGCCCCUUCUGAAGGAGAGGAGAUAAUUGAGAAGGCCUGAUCACAUAUCAAAUGAUUUCCAGCAGAGCUUUUCGCUCGUGCCAGCAGCAGGCCGCAGCUAUUUGGUUGUGUGUCCCUCGCUUCUUCAGUCAGGCGGAGAAGGCCCAUGUGCUCCUCCCGCGUCAAUAUAACAAUCUGCCACAGUCAUCAUCCAUAAUCUCCAUGAUAAGAGAGGAAAUAUUGUCAUAGGAAAUGUAGCAACUGGACUUGGAGCUUUGGAAAUCUGAGCCCAUCUCACAGCUUGAAAGAGAACAAACUGCAAGGGAAAUGUGCUGAGAUGAGUUUUCAUACGAACGUUGGGGGUCAUUUCCCAGAUUUCCUCCUCUUUUUUUAGAAAUGGGAAAUGGUGUGCUGCUAACUGAGCGCCUACAGGGUACAAUUUAGUCAAAUAGAAAAGAUCAGAUCUGGAAUUAAAAAGUAGUCAGCGCUGACCACCACAGCAGGUCCAAGAGGAAAUACUAAACCGCUUUCGCACUUUGCUGUAAUUUGCAGAGACAGUUGGAUAAAACAGCAGUUUAUGAGGGCUUUCCUGGUCCAGCAGUGCCGCUGAAGGUUGUUAUCCGCAUACCUUGCUGCAAUGAACAACGUAUUUAACAGCAGAAGGUCAGAUGCAAAGUAGAGAUCUGCCAUAUGGUGUGACAAGUCUUUGAUGGGGAAAUUCAUCAAAAUCACCAGCAUAACUGGCAGCCUUGUGAUUUUUCAUCAUAACACUUCCUUUUGCCAUUUGGGAAACAUUUUUUAGAGUGAGGGUAGGAAGGGUGGUUGGAAGGACAAGGUGGCACAUUGAAAUUCAUUAAAGUGAGCUUUGCGUACACGCUGCACUCUGCUCUGCAUGGAUGGUCGCCUCUCUACUCAAUCAAGUCUGGUCAAAAUUGACCCACAUCAUCCAUCCCUGGGCGAAUCAGAAACAGAGUGUAAUGUGCCAUGCUGUUGCAUUAUUUCAGGGUGGCCUUCCUUGGAUUGACUUUUCUCUUUAUAGAGAAAUUUAGGCGGUCUAACAAAACAUGUGUCCUUGUCUGAAUCUGGAUCGCUCAGAAAAAUGACAGUAUAGGUGCUGCUACUGCUGAAGUUCUGAAUGUGCAGAUCUCUGAGGUCAAGUCUGCAGAAAUAAAAAUUUGACAUCUGCUUGUUCAAUCAAAAUGAAGUUGGCAAGGUUGUGAAGGAAAAAUGUACAACAUUAGAAUUUGCAGAAUUCAGUUUUUGGAGAAUUCUCAUGUUUUAUUACUUUUGAAGUUGCAACAUGAAAGUUUAGUUAUGUUUGAGUGUAAAAUAUCCAUCAUUUUUAUAAGUAGGAAAAAUCAAUGUUUGGGUUUAGAUAAGUAUCCUAUUCUGGAUUGUGUGCAUGCUUAUUUGUCACAUAUCACCUUUACCAUGCCAUGCCAUUAGGACUGGGCGAUAUGGCCUCAAACCAAUAUCACGAUAUAUUGAGCAGUUCACCUUGAUAACGAUAAAUGGACGAUAACUACUUCACAAGCUGCUCACCCCCUCCCACAUUAACUUUGUCUGUUAAUGUGCUCCAUCUCCUCGCCUGUCUUUCCCUCUUUGUUACAGACCUACACACAUCUAAAACCAACCUUUAUUUAUUAAUAUAUUUUUUUGACACCAUAUAUACCGAUAUAGGCAAAAUGACGUCAGUUAUUGUCAUAAAUUUCUGUAUCGGUAAAUUUUCAGUUUAUCUCACAGCCCUACAUGCCUUCAUCACUUCCUUUUUGCAUGAAUCUACAUAAAAAGUCAUCCUAUAAUCAGUGUAAUGCAGCCUCUGAAUUAACAGACCACUGUGCCUGCAUGCCGUCUGUGUCAGUGUGCAACAUGACUGUGAAAUGUCAACAUGCAUUCAACACUGUUGCAAACGCACACUACUUUUGAAUCUAUUUAUUUCAGAGCUUGUUUGCCUUCAUUCAGAGGAUAUGAGCAGAAAAACAGAAGUACAUGCUGCAAGGGGCAACAGUUUGGAAUUGAACCUAGUCUCCCCAUUUUCAGGACUGUAGCCACAAUAUAUGAGGCAAUUUAACCCCUGAGUUGAACCUGCGCUUCGAGCAUGACUGACUUAAAGACAGUGAAUUCCCACUUAUCCAGGUGCUUGUUAACGCUGUGAAAAACCACAGAGUGUUUUCUUUUAGCACCACAGGGCCUGGUGGGGCCAGUGACGUAUCACUUCAUCUGCCCUUUUUCCCCUUCUUGUAUUUCCUCCUGACCCAUGCAGGAAUCAGAGCUAUUGGUCAAAGGGGCUUAACCAUAUUCGGUAUAAAAGCAGAUCCAAAUUUCCAAAUAAUAAAAUGCACAAAUGUGAUUUUGAAUCUCUGAAUGUUUUAGAAAGAACACUGCGCUUCUGUGGUUUGAAUUCCCAUAUUUUCACGGACCAGAGUUCAGACUGUGCUGCAGAAAGAAAAAAUAAUGUGACAUCAAUUUAUUCCAAAACCAUGCAGUUCUAAUAAGCACCAACAUUUACUGACAUAACUUGUCUUAUGUUGUUUCAUGCAACAGCUCUCUUACACAACUUUUAUCCCUGCUCAUAUGUACGUAACAAUUACAAACCUAAAAAAAAGCAGGCGGCUUAAAAACACAGCACAGGCUAUUUAUUGCAUCAGCGUCACAAAUCCGUUUUCUGGAUCUAAUUUUGUUGUUUCUUUGACCCGAGACUACUUUGAGUUAUUUUGAUACUACAUCACGUCAUGAGGAUACCUCACAGAACGAAACAGUAGAUGAUGAAAACGAUGCUAGAUGGGGAUCGUAAGCCUCUUAUGUUGCCCAAACUUUCAUUUUCAAUGACGUUGGAUGGAGAACAGGCUGUACUAUAUCAAGCCAGAAUGAAGGAAGAAUAUUUCCAAUUACUUAAAUGUGAUAGCAUGUGCAUGCGUGUUCACUAAACUACUAAAAUACGAGGAAUUCCCAAUACCCUCUUUGACGAUUCAGUUAUUAAUGUGGCAGAGAAGUGACCCAUGCAGCUUUAUUUAUCCUCCAGAUCAACAGUUAAGCCAAGUGUCCACUCAGAGGUCUUAUCCAAUGUAUUUAUUGAAGCCUACUGGCGUCACAGCCCUCUUUGUGGUUGAAUAAGGGUUAAUCAAAAGCCCGGCUCUGUUAAAAACCCUUAAAAGGACUCUGGAAAUAAAGUAGAUCAAACCAAGAAUUAUGAAACACAUGCUGACACAGUUUGGCGUCAUCCUACCAGACCACGAGGAGAAAUUAGAGGAUUAAACGUUAUCUGUUGAGUCAGGAUAAGACAGGUCCAGUCAGGAUGUGUCUGGAGGUUCCAUUAGCGGCUCCCUGCACCUGUGAAACUGCCCCACACCCCGGCUGCUCAUCAAUCUUUCAGGACCCGUGCCUGCGGAGGCAAGGUGGCUCUGGAGUUGGGUCACAGCCAGAUUUGGAGCUGGUGCAAACAAGCAGAAACGAGCUGCAGCAGACCAGCCGGGCUUGGCUUCCCCGCUCCGGUCUACUGCACGAGCACACCAGAGGAGUUCGGCCCUGUUUGUCUGUCUGCACGGCAACAAAACAGGCCAGCACAGCACAGCAAGCGGGGAUAUUUUGGCCACAGUCAAUGCAUGCAUGUGUGUCUGACGCUUCAGUAACAACAGGGAACAUGGAGAGCGGAGGAGACUCCAAGAACACCGAGCAUGCUGGGUGAAGCCUGCUUCUCUCUGCCGGUGAAACCACAUCACUCUUUGAUCCUUUUCUACUCAUCCGAUCCAAUACACACAAACAUACCCAGGUUGUCUGUCAGCUGUCAGAAAAUACACCUCCACUGCAUCUGCCUUUUUCCCCCGUCAAAGCUGGUCACCCCACAAAAGCCGAGAUGUUAUUUUCAGUUGGAAAUCUCUUACAGGUGUAACCCCCCAAUGUUACUGUCAGAAAAAAACUAAUGAGCAUCACUUCUCAUUCAUCACUUUUCACUUCACACGGACUCAGAAGUGCACACGCGUGCACGAGCCGUCAUUCAGCUCCACCAGUGGAGGACAUACACUACUACACAGCGGGAGCAGGCUCUGGGUUUGCAGUUGAUUCUGUUUGUUUCUACUGUUUGAUGGAGUAGAGGUUCCCCGGGGCACAGUCAGAAUAUCGUGGGGAGCCGGAGCGCAUAAACAAUCUGAGGCUCGCUUUUUUUUAGGUGGCGUCCGACAUCAAAACAAUCGAGAAAAAAAAAAAAAAAGUUUGCUUUUCAUAAAAAGGCAGCCUCUACAAAGCACGGCUCUGCUUCAAUGAAAGGUUUAACAGUAAUACCAAAACAUUUACCCGCCAACAGUUCAGUCUGGAAACCAUUAUCAUGCAUCAUGCAUCCUGGUAUUAAUGUUCUCUGCAUAAAUGUGUUGAUUUUCACAAAGUUAAAUGGGAUAACAUUCUAGAGCGCUAUUACAUCUGUGUGUUUCAGAGUGGCUUCAAUUAACCUUUGUAGUGAUUGCACCCGAGGAAACACUGGAAUCCAUUGUUAAUCCAAUAAUUAUUGUCUGGCAAAUGUACUUGACUUUGUGCCGUCAGCCAGCUAAUUCACUUCUUGUUUUUCUCUCUUUCUUUUUUUUUUUUUUCCAGAAGUCAAUAAAUCUUCUGAUUAGAAUUGGAAUUGUAAUUUAAAAGGGGAGAUGUUUAUCAGAGUGUUAUCUACAUCCCCGUUAAGAGUGCCGUCAAUGCAGACCCACGCUCUAAAACGUCGUUUUUAAACAGUCCGCCUCACAAAUUAAUUUAUCCCAAUCGAUUUUGUCCAAAAGCAGCUAAAAUAAUUCAAAAUAUUGAUGUUGUAUUCAGUAGAAAAGGGCUGAAUUUCUUUAAAUUAGCAACAAUAAAAUGCCUUUUUGAUGUUUUCCAGAAGCAAAGCCUUUUCCCUGUCACAUUUAUCUUUCUUUUACACCAUGCCGUCGAUAAAAUACGUUGAAAAUAAUUCACAGUGUGGUAAUUCAGCAUUCUUUAUAAAAUAGGGCCAACCAAGGCAAUAAAAAAGCUUUGGAUAUUGAUUUGUUUUGCAACAGGGAGCCCAAGGGUUCUUUUAAAGCACUGGAUCUUUAGAAAGUGAGCUAAACAUCAUGGCUGCUGCGAGUAUAAAAAAAAAGCUACCUCAGGUGCCAGAGUGGAGAAGCAGACUGUUGUGGCCGAGCAAUCAGAGGGCUGUGAUUGCAGGUUUGCAAAAAACAAAAAAGGAGAAAAGUUAUCAAUCAAGAUGAGGGCGAGGGUAAUCAGAGCAAUAAAGGUAAACAAAUCAGAAAUAAAGGGUAUAAAACGUCUUGGAGUGAAAUCCUGAGAGGGCUGUGGAGACAGAAACACAUGCUGUUAUACUAUUCAUAAUUGGUAUGAGAAUAUGAGUAGCUGUUUGUUGCCCUGCUUAGAUUACCGUACUUGGACAUGCCAUGGAGUGUAAACUGGAGUGAAGUGGUUCUUGAUGUGGUCAGUCAAAGUCCUGUUGGUUCUCUGUCUACAUUUGAUCAAACAGGUUCAGUUUUUCAUCUUGAAAAGGUCAGACUCCUCGUUGUCCCUUGUCAAGAAACUGUUACAAGUCCACAGUGAGUCAUGCAGCAAAUAGGUUGCCAUUCUAAUCCACGCAGCAUCGCAUACAGGACGAGUAUCAGCUCCAUCGCAGCUUUGUAUCAGAAGUGUAUCAAACAUGGCUCUGCUAAAGAUACGCGCAGAGUCUAUAUUUGCUGCUCUACGCAUCCAACAAGCGUCAGUCUCCACAGAGAAGAUCUUUCUAGAUAGGAUGUCAAGCAUGAAAACAUGUGCUUGUCAUCCGGUAUUAAUAAAACACAACAUGCGGGCUUCCGAGUGUGUAUCAGUGUAUGUGGAUGAGAACUACUUCCUGGUUAUGGAUUUAUCAGUAACACAGAACAAUCUGAUCAAUCCCUGAUCCAUGUGGACCCCAACUCGACAUAGUUUACUUUACUAAACACGAGUAAACCUGCAAAAACCCGAAACUGUAAAAUCACGUUGCUUUUUCACAUACAGUAGAGGCUCAAGGGUCACUGAAUUAUAUCCAAAUUAGCAGGAAAUCAACCACAGAAAGGAAAAACAACCUGUUGUGAGCAUGUUGUUUCCUCUAUACUGAGCCCAGCUGACCGGGGCUGCACUACGCUGAUGCAACACUCCAAAUACGCAUCCUGUAUGCGAUAGACAGCGCUGUUCUACAGAGCAAAUACGUGCUCAAUAUGGAUCCUGUAUGUUUUCGGCUUAAUGCUGUAGAAGAUCGUACUUAGUGAGUAUACAUUUAUGAAAAGUGAUCCUCGUCCGUGAUUGGCUGAUCAAGUCUAAAAAAAGUUAAAAACAAUCAGUGGGUGUAUCAGUGUCCUGAUGCUGAUUGUUUUAAAUAUCCACGAAAAGCUUCGCUGUUCUUGAAUCAACUUGAAAUGUCUUUCUGAAAUGGUCUCACAGAGACGUGAUGAGCUCCAAACUACUGUCAUCUGUCUGCAAUGCUCCACAGCAUCACAAGUGCACUCGCCAUCACAGGAGAGCUAUUCCCUGUCAGCCGUGGAGCAGUCAGUGAGACCACAACUUGAGCUACACCCGCCAUCUCAGAGCCUUUUAACCACCUGACUAAACGACGCUCUGCUGCUCCAACAGCACUGACGUUCUGCUGCCUUUAUGUUUAUGGCGAGCUGACAUGUAUCUGAAGGGCAAAUUACUGCUUACGGCGCAGAGGCUGAGUGACAACAGGCAGCCCCUCUCUCUCUCUCUCUGUCUCUCUCUCUCCGUUCUAUUUCUGCUCUUCUCUAAGAGACCCAUCUGCUGUGAGAAAUGUAUUUAUUGAUGACUGUUUACCUCUCCUGGUUUGCUUUUGUGCCUCAAUUUAGGCCCCAAGUCACUCCAGCAAUUCAAAGGCUCGGGCUCUCGAGAGCGUUUGGCUUCACAUUCAGAAACAUCAUGGUGUGUCUGGUAAUGGUUAAUAGUCUAACCAGAACAGCAGCAGCAGCAGAGUGAAAUCUGAAAGCAGGGUCUCUCUAAAGUGGUUCAUUUAUCUUGUGUGAGGAGAGCCGGCCCACGCUCUGACAAAGAGCAAAGACUUUACAAGGAAAAUUCUAAUCAAGCAACAGAAAAGCAUCCUGAGGCGUCCGCAUGGUCAUUUGCUGAAAAACAAAUUAGCCUUUACCCCUGCACUAUUCGACCUGAAGAAACAACUAAAGACAUCUCAAAAACUGAUUUUAAUUGUUAUUAUAAUAAGUGUCUGACCAGCUCAUCAUCAGCGGGGGACCCUCUGAGAUUACAUUUGUCUUAAAAAAACCACCAAACAAGACAGAGCUACAAUUUGGAUGAAAACAGGUUUGAGAAAUUCGAUUAAUGGGUGACAGCAAAGGUCGACAUUAACAAUGAUAAAACACACUAAGAAAUUAAACAUGAAUUAUCUUCUGGUGCAAAACGCCUGUAAUGAAGUAAGAUAAUAUCAAUUAAUGAAACAGAGAGGAGGCGUGGAUCAGGAGCGAAAGACGAGGAGUAACGACGGUUAAGGAGAGAGAUAUAAAUCGAGAACAACAUGUAAGAAGUCAACAGUCUAACAAAUACAGUUUACACUCCAUUGCAUGGUUAAGGAGGUCAAUUUAAGCAUGGCAACAAGCAACUGUGUUUAAUGAUUUAUCUGCCUAAUCUGACGCAGAUCAUUAGGAGAAAAGCCCCUGCACAACUAAAAACAAGGCAAGCGUAAAAAAACAUCAGAAAAUCUGUUUUCUCGUACAAAACAACACAUUUUUACCAUCUGCAGCACCCGCUAAAAUAUGUUGGCAGCUUCCUGGCUUGCAACAUAUAUUUUUCGCUGAAGUUUACCACAACAAGACUGCGGCACAGCUUCUUCUUUCUCCUGCAGACGCCUUAACUUUGGGCUGCAAAUCCGUGUGUGAUGUGCCAGUGAGUGAAUUUCCCUUUUAACAGUGACUGAUCAGGACAAGUGUGUGGCAGCAGGCGGUAGGAUGUGAGGGAGAACCGGCUCGUCUGAUGCGCAGCCUCACUGCCGGGGAGUCACCAGCAAGACGGUCCCACACAUAUGGAGGAACGCGUGCCUUCCCGUAGAGUGGGGUUUGGUGUGUUCGUGUGUGGACAGCGGGGUGUGCUAAUGCUGUAGCCUGGCUGUCACAUAGGCUCCAUUAUAAAUGAGCAUGAAUCGCUGGGGCAGCUGGACCGAGCGAGGGGCAUCUGGGUAAUUUGGAGAGUUAGGGAGGGGGGGUAGCAGGUUUGUUAGCCCAGCUGUGUUAGCUGAGGUGGUAAACUGGGUUUAGGUUGCAUGACAGAGCAUGUGAGCGUUCAUAAAUACAUAAAUAUCUGCCGCUGAGCUUGUAUGCAGGACUCGGCGGGGAAGGACGCCCCAGCAGCAGCAGCAACUGACCUCAUAAAAGAAGUAAAUGUAGCAUCUUGAAGGAAAACUAAAAGAAUUUCUGUUUUGUCAAGCCUCCGUUCACCGUGUGAAACAUGGGUGUAGUCUUUGUAACGUCAACCGUUGAUUUCUCCAGAGGUUGAAUGAAGCCAAACAAUGGCUUUCGCUGUGUUGAAAAUUCUGACUCUGACAGUUGGCCAGUCUAGACACCAGCAGUGAGGUGGAGCAGGCAAACACAUUCAAUGCAACCACAUGCUCCUGCUUAUGAAAAAUCAAUGCUCAACUCUUGGCCAUAAUAUCUUCAAAAUAAAGGAGA